UUGAUAUUUUAUCUUUACUACCUAUUUGAAAUUUGGAAAAACGUUACUUUGAAUAAUUUUGAGCGCAUUUCUCAAAUUUCACAACAAACUUAAAUUUUAAAAUUCUCUAUAAUUAAUAAGUGUUUAGCAGUUUUAAACAGUUUAUUAAGUUAAUAAGCGUGCAAUAACUUAGAAUACUUUGAAGGAUCAUCACGUUCAGACCGCAAAAUGGAAAAUGGAGAUCAAAAUGACGAGCAAUUCACAAAUCCUAUGAUUCAGCACUAUGCAGACCCAAAGCAGAAUGCAUUUGAAGAAGAAGGACUUACAAUCGAGUCUGUUAAGGAGAAAAACCCUCGAGUUUGGCUUAGUUAUCCACAAGCACUAAAGAAGAAUGCAAUCCACAACAUCAUGAAACAGUUUGGUCGUGUUGUAAGCAUUUUUGUUCCUUGCGAUUUGGACAAUAGAAACAGUCGAAACUUUGCUUUCGUUGAAUACUCGACUUUUAGAGAAGCUGAGAAGGCUAUUCGUGAGAUCAACAGCUCUAAAAAGGACGGGCUUGAUAUUGUUGCUGAUUUUGCACACACUAAACCUGAAUCAAAAGUAUGUGCAACAGAAAAUGUUCCUCAAUUACCAUCCAGACCUCAAAGCAAGAAUAUCAUUGAAGAGGAAGUUCCAGAAAUCUCGAUAUCUAUUGAUUUAGAAAGCUUUAAAUACGAUAAUUCCAUUGAAAAAGUGUCUCAAUUUGAGUAUAAAGGACCAAUAUAUGCAGAUCUGAAUGAUCGUGAACAGAAAUACUUGAAGAAACGUGCUGAAAAGUCAUUAGGAGAGUAUGACGAAAAUGAGGAUUGCUUCGAAUAUAACAUGAUGCUGAAAGAAAGAAAUUUCCUCACGUUUUAUUGCGGUGUCUGUGACCAAGAAGCAACAUUAUUUUGUGAACAAACUCGCCACUAUUUUUGCACAAAAGAAUGUUAUGAUGUUUACAUGAACAAAGAAUCUAAAGAUCAAAUCGAUAGCUAUCUAAUUCAACAGUCCGAUAAAGUUUGUCUAACAGCUAUAAUUAAUGAGAAGUCAGUUUUUGUUCGUCCGUGCGACGAGGAUUUAAACUUUAUCCUUGAGAAUGUCAAUAGAAAGGCAAAGAACAGUGUACCUAUAAAGGAAAUGCCAGUUCCUGAAGAUCAAGUCAUUGUGAAUCUCUUUGGCAGCUUCUAUCGUGCAGUUAUAUUAAUUAUCGAUGAUGAAGAUGAAUGCAACAUAUCUAUCCUUGUUAGAUUAACUGAUAUUGGCAAUACAGCAUGUGUUAACAUCAAUGAUGUCUAUGAGAUGAACGAAGAAUGCAGGAAAGUAAAGAUAAUUACAACAAACAUCAUUUUAAAGGACAUAAAUGUUAAAGCUAUCAAUAUGGAUGUGAUUAAAUAUCUCACUUGCUUGCUUUACAAUAAUACAGAAUUGGUUAUAAAGGAUGUUGAUGAAAAUGGGGUGGAACUUAAGGACAACAGCACAAACGAUUCAGUAAAUGAAAAAAUCAUAAAGCUUUCAAAUUUCUAUCAAGUCAGUUUUGAAACCUUAGAAUCUGUAGACGCUGUUGCUGAUUUAGUUCCAAUUGGUGAUAAUCAAAAGCUUUUUGUUGUUAAUACUGAAAUAUUAAAGUCUAUAGGCGGAAUUUGCUGUGUUGCUGAAAAGUAUGUCAAGGAUUUUCACGAAUUUUAUCGAUCUUUAAAUUCUUACGGCAUGAAAGUUGAUCCAAAAAGCUAUGGAUUUAAUGGAAAUAAGCCUUUAUGCUUGGUAAAAUACAACAAUCAAUGGCAUCGUGCAAUCGUCAAUAAGGCACAAGGUGAUGGAAAGCCAGAAUGUGUUCUGAUUGACCUGCAAUUAAUUUGCAAAGUUAAAGUCCAAAAUAUUUUCAAAAUUCCUGAAGUUCUUGCUAACUUCCCAUUUUUAUCGGACAUCUAUAAAAUCGAUGAAUAUGACAAGAAUGAGGAGAUUAAGAAAUUUUGCAAUGAAAAUAUUAUCGAGAAUGACUUUAUUUAUGCUAAUAAAGUAGAAGUUAAGGAUGACAUUCCUAUUAUUCACUUAAGUAUAUAAUAACAUUCAAAAAUAACAAGUAAGUAACACAAAAUUUUUAAGCAUCAAUUUCGAGAUGCAAGACAGCCACAGGCUUAUUUUCUUUUGGAUUACCUUUAUACAACGACCAAGUUCCUUUAAUAAAAUCAAAGAUUCCUACACAUAUUGUUUUCGUGCCAUAGUCUGAUUUGCAC